CCCCCUACCCACGGAAAAAAAAGCAAAGAUUCCCGAAGUGAGGAGGGAGAGAUGGAAUCCUUCUAGGGGGGUCCCCCUCGCUUUCCUCCGCGAAUCUCCCUUGAAGCCCUAGAAGUUCCAGCGAUAGUCCCGCCCCCUUCCCCUCCUCCUCCUCCUGGCCUCGAAGCGCCCCCCCCCCGGGAUGGCGGAUCGCGCGGAGUCCUCCGCCCUCAUCGCGCCGCCGCCGCCGAUGCGGGAGCCGAGCGAGGUUGACCUCGAGGCCGGGCCCGGCGAGCAAAUCCAGUGCCGGAUUUGCCUCGAGACCGACGGCAGAGAUUUUAUUGCUCCUUGCAAGUGUAAAGGGACAUCAAAAUAUGUUCACCGUGAAUGUUUGGAUCACUGGCGAGCUGUUCGGGAAGGGUUUGCAUUUGCUCAUUGCACCACUUGCAAGGCCCCCUAUCAUUUGAGAGUUCAUGUUGUUGCUGAUCGAAAGUGGCGGACUUUGAAAUUUCGGUUCUUUGUUACUAGAGACAUCAUAUUUAUUUUUCUGGCCGUCCAACUUGUGAUCACUUCUCUAGCAUACUUGGUGUAUUUGAUAGAUGGCUCCCAGCAGUUCUGGCUUCGGCAUGCAUGGGGUUUUGAUAGUGGCAUUAGCUUCUACUACAUUUGUGGAGCGUUAUUGUUCUUUGCUUUGCUGGGGUUGUCUGGGUGCUUCAUCACUUGCUACGAUCGAAGAGUGCGGAAUGAUUUGGCUCAGCCUUGUCGAGAACUCUGUCUAUGUUGCUGUCAUCCUGGGAUUUGUGCAGAUUGCCAUUUACCUGGCACUCUCUGUAUGUGGACUGAUUGUACCACAUGUUUUGAGAGUUGUGCAAGUACAGCAGCUGAGUGUGGAUGUUUAGGAGGUGCUGGUGAAGCGGGGUUACCUCUAUUGUUUAUUAUGGCUUUGGUUGUUCUUGGACUGUUUACUGUGAUUGGCAUAUUCUACAGUGUUUUAGUUGCCACAAUGGUUGGACAGCGGAUAUGGCAAAGGCAUUAUCACAUACUUGCCAAAAGGAUGCUAACUAAAGAAUAUGUGGUAGAAGACGUCGAUGGCGAGAUGACAGGAUCUGAUUGGUCUCCCCCACCUCUCCCUCCCGAGCAUGUUCAGCAGCUGAAAACGCUUGGCCUCCUCUAGUAGCGGAGUCAUUAUAUGGUUCAUAAGAAUAACUUGUACGAUUCUAAUAACCCUCUCUGUAUCUGCCUUUGUAUGUGGUAAAUCCCCGAAUGAGGAGAUUGGCCAAAUCCCUCUUCAGAGCCCAACCAUGAAGAGACUAAAUGUUCCACUGCUCUAGUGUUUUCACUUACAAGUUCUGGACACCUACCUUUUCUGUUGAAAUUUACCACAAUAUGAGAUGCAUAAGACCAGAUCCGAAUAUUGUAAAUGAAAUGGCUAUUGACGGCUGUAGUGAAGCCUAUAGAUUUACAAAAGUCAGUAAUUUUCACAUUGGUUUCAUCGUUUGUAA